UCUGUUCGCCCACACGGGUAUGUUUACGCAGAGCGCUACUAUUCUAUUGUGUUUAAUCUGUUCGUUUGAAUCAAAUUAAUUUAAAUGUCUUGUGCAACGGACACGAUAGCGUUGUGUCUUUUUCAAAUGUUACACUCCUCAGUAUUUUUUUUUAUCUAAAUAAAAUGUAGGCCGUUAAAAAUGUGUACUUGCUCGUGAUGCGUCCACUUGUCUUGCGCACUCUGCGAUUAUUUUGUAUUUUUUCUUUUUCUCUUUCCUUUUGACACCGCCGUGCUGACCACCGAACUGAAGACUUGGCUCCGCGGUUCCCUUGUGGUGGAAGAUUCUCGAGGAUACGCAGCAAAUCAAGAGGCUCGGCAACGUGCAAACAGGACGGGGAUGUUUCCCACCCCGAUCUACUCUCAUGCUGGCUGUGGAGCUUUUACCGAUGUCUACGACCCUGCCGAGGACACCUUCCUUCUGAUGGACACCCUGGAACAGGAUGCGGAAGAUCUGCUUCACAUCAAUCCCGCCAUCUGUUUGGAGGUUGGCUCCGGCUCUGGAGUCGUCUCUGCUUUUCUGGCCUCCGUGAUUGGACCUCAGGCAGCCUAUUUCUGCACCGACAUAAAUCCCGUGGCUGCUGCCUGCACGAAGGAGACGGCCCGCUGCAAUGAUGUCAGCAUUCAGCCUGUGAUCACAGACCUGGUGCAGGCGCUGGUGCCAAGGCUGUUGGACAAAGUGGACAUCCUCCUCUUCAAUCCCCCCUACGUGGUGACCCCGUCGGAGGAGGUCGGAAGCAGUGGCAUUGAGGCAUCUUGGGCUGGCGGCGAGAGGGGCAGGGAGGUGAUGGACAGGCUGUUCCCAGUCAUUCCAAAACUUCUGAGCCACCAGGGCUUCUUCUAUCUUGUGACUGUGCAUGAGAACAAUCCAGAGGAAGUCAUCAGUCUGCUUGGGAAAUCCGGCUUGAGCGGCCGUGUGGCGCUGUCCCGACGAGCUGGGAGGGAGACGCUCUCCAUUCUCCGAUUCAACAAAUCCUGACCGCGCUCCGCCCUCGGAAGAUUCUCAUUGAAUGGCCAACUGCGAAGAGCCUUUGGUGACGUGGGGGUGACAUUUAAACGUAAAUCAGACCUACUGCAGACAUGCAUUGUAACCACGCAUGAAUCGCGGACUACUCGAAGGACCGCUUUGAGCCCACCGUCACGGCCGCACAGAGGUGGACUGUAGCGCAUUUGGUGUUGAUGUGUGAUCGGCGCUCGCAUUUUAGUUUCAGGAGUUAGAAAGGGCGACAGCGACGACAAGUGCAGCGCACCAAACUUGAACGAUCAUUUUGUGUGUGUGUGUGUGUGUGGGGGGGGGCACGGAGGUCCCAUCUCCCUCAUUGAUGUUGAUGUGAAUUGAUUGUUUUUGUUGUUCCCUUUUCCUCCUUCCUUGUGUUUGUGUAUCCGUAAACUUAUCAACCCCAAGCUCAUAACUGGUUUGUUACAAUUUGUCAUUCCUUUCAUGCAAUUAUUUUGUCUGCAGUGUUGCAGGUCCUUCCGAAUAAACGCCUAUUUUUCUAUGAA